AUGAGCAGCAGCAGCAGCAGCUCCAUGAGCAGCUGCAGUAGCAGCAGCACCACGAGCAGCAGCUGCAGCAGCAGCAGCAGCACGAGCAGCAGCAGCGGCAGCACCUGCAGCGACUGCAGCAGCAGCAUCAUAUGCAACAGCCGCAGCAGCAGCAGCAGAAGGGUAGAGACAGAGACAUCGUUUGCAUCAGCAGCAGAUCCUACUGCUGCUGCUGCUGCUGCUGCUGCUGCUGCUGCAGCAGCAAAGCCGCAUAAAGAAGAUGUAAUAGAACAAUCAGGAGAAGGAGGGGGUUUGCUGUCAUUGAAUGGUAAGCUGCUGCUGCUGCUGCUGCAGUGGCUGCCUCUUAAGGAGCAGCUGCAGCUGCUGCUGCUGUCUCGUGGGGUGUAUAGGCAGCUAUGUACUAUGCCCUUUAUUGAAUCCCUUUGCUGCCCCCCUGGUAAUAGCCUGCAGCUGCUGCUGCAGCAGCACGUACACCAUCCGCUGCUGCUGCAGCAGGAACGCUUGCUGCAGCAGCAGCAGCAAAAACUCAAGCAGCUCAAGUCGCAGCUGCAGCAGCAGCAUCUGCUGCUGCAGCAGCAGCACAGCAGCAUAAACAAAAGAAUUAUAGAUAGAGAGCAGCAAGAGGAUUCUGUAUGCAAGAAAAAGAAACAAGAAGAAGUACUUGCUGCUGCUGCUGCUGCUGAUCCUUCUGCUGCUGCUGGUGGUGCGUCCUGUCCUAGUGAUGAUAAGCGGCAACCUCUAGAAGCAGCAGCAGCAGCAACAACAGCAGCAGCAGCAACAACAUCUGCAGCAAGUGCAGAUUGUAGGAAUGGCAGCAGCAAAUUGUGCAGCAAUCUUGCUGCUGCUGCUGCUGCUGCUGCUGCAGAUUCCCAACCGCCUACUGGAGAUAACAACAAGCAGCAGCAGCAACAGCAACAACAACAACAGCAGCAGCAACAACAGCAGCAGCAGCAGCAGGAGGAUGAGGACGAAGUUGAGGUGUAUAUGCAGCAAUGCCCUUUGCUGCGUCGUUUCUCUCGUUGCUGCAGCAUAGAGUUAUCUAUUGCUGCACACCUGCAGCCAACGCCGCUGCUGCUGCUGCUGCUGCUGUGCUGCAGCAAAUCACUGCAGCAACUAAUUAUUAGAGGAUAUGAUGAAGGAAGCUUCCGAUUCCGUAGACAACUGCAGCAGCAGCAGCAGCAGCAGCGGCAGAAGCAGCAGCAGCAGCAGCAGCAGCAACAGCAGCACAACAAAGAUACAACAGCUGCUCCUCCAACAACAACCAGCAGCAACAGCAACAGCAGCAACAGCAGCAGCAACAGCAGCAACAGCAGCAGCAGCAGGAGGAUGUAUCACCAAAACACCAUAAUCUUGGGUAAGCAGCAGCAGCAGCAACAGCAGCAGCAGCAACAGCAGCAGCAGCAACAGCAGCAGCAGCAACAGCAGCAACAGCAGCAGCAGCAGCAGAAGUAG